AGCCACCAUUGCGUGAACAUUGGAGUUAGGACCCACGCGUACACAUGAAAAUUUCCCGCUCAGUUCAACGUCGCAUUCGAACGAUUGGUCCAUGAUAUUGGAAAUUCAUUGUUCUUAGUGCCUAGUGCUUGUGUGAAAAAACUUUAAGAGAAUUUUUGAACGUGUUAUAAAGUACUAAAUCAAAAUGUGGUUAAUAUCCGUGUUCACGGGAUAAAGUGAAGUGAUAUGAAGUGUUCGUUCUGAGAUGCGUUGAGGUGGGAGACGGAAAAUGCGGAAGAGGCGUGUGUGACGAAGUCGACUCGGAUGCGUCGAGGCAGUGUGUACAGCGUGUGCGAAGGCGUGGAGCGGUGCACCUGCACUAGGUAGCGCGGGUGCGGGCGCGGGUGCGGGUGCGAGAAUGGCCACGGCGGGUUGAUGGACGCGGGCUGGUGGUCGCCGUCGCCGUCGGCCUCGCCGCCGCCGCCGCCCCGCGCCCCGCCGCCGCGUUGCCGCUGCCGACCACUCUCCAAUAGCUACAACUGCUUACCGCACUACGAUGGAUGGCCAGAAGUCGAGGAUGAGUCAACAGGGGGCGCUUUGCGGGAGCGAGAACUGCGAUCUCUGCACCGCACCGUGCCGGCCUUACGUCGAAGGGAACUCGACACGCGAGCAAUUAAACACCAUUUCUACCCCGAGGGAGGAUGGGGUUGGAUUGUCUGUGGAGCAGCUUUCCUCGCGCACCUGUUAUCAACGGGGCUACAGCUAGCCUACGGCGCAUUGCACGUCUACGCGCUACGGCAUCUGGGACCAGCUGCUGAUCAUGCCGUAUGGGCCGGUGCAAUCUGCGUGGGAGUGUCCCGGGCGGCAGGCGCGCUGGUGGCCGGACGACGCAAAUCCCCGCGUCUGGCUGCUCUCAUCGGAGGCCUACUUCUACCACUCGCUUGCCUCUUCACAUCCUUUGCUACGCAAUUACAUCAAACUAUUUUAAGCUACGGUGUAGUUCUGGGAGUUGGAUGUGGGUUGGUGCGCGAAGCAGCUGGUCUGGUGCUGGGCACGUACUUCAGGCGACGCCGCCAGUUCGUCGAACUAGUGGCACACGCCGGAGGCGGUGUUGGCAUCGCACUUUUUAGUGUAGCUUAUAAGGAAGCUGUCGGAAAACUUGGCUGGAGACUGGGAUUGCAAGCUGUAACGGGCGUGUUAGUGUUAGCAUUUUUUCUCAGUGCUGUUUACCGAAGUGCUUCCCUCUAUCAUCCGCAGCGACGCGCCAUUUUACAUCUCAAAAACCAACGAAAGAAGGUAAAACAGAAGAAAGGCCUAAAAUCCUCCUCAUUUAUUGAUUUAACUCCACUUAAUUCGCGGUCAGCGAAAGUGCUGCUACUGUCAGCUGGGCUAGCAGCGUUUGGGCUUUAUACUCCUGUCUUUUUUCUGGCUUUGCAAGGUUUUCAGGAAGGAUUGGAAGAGAGUGCUUUAGUUCUGUUGCAAACAUUUCUUGGAUUCGCCGCUGUGCUCGGUUGCGCUGGCUUUGGGCUCGUGCUAGUUCGGCCGUCAGCACAGUGCCUAGUAUCCAAGCAGUACUUGUGUCAAACAGCCAUGCUAGGUAUAGGGAUUUCCAUGCUCGCUCUAAGCAGUGUUGAAGGAUAUCAUGGAUACGUGCUGUUUGCGUGGAUGUACGGGUUGUGCCUGGGAGGAUUCCUGUACUCGAUGAAAAUGCUGACCAUGGAACGAGUACGUGGAAGACAUUUUACAAAAGUUUGGAGUUUCGUUCAAGGAGCUGAGGCGAUUCCAGUAAUGGUCGGGGUGCCCAUGACUGGUUAUAUCAAUCAGCAAGCGCCGAGAGCGGGGUUCUAUUUUUCAACAGCUGCCACUUUAGCCGGUGCCUUGAUGUUGUUCUUCGUGGGGUUCUCGAAACGCGAUCCGGAGCCACCACCGCCCGCUCCAGCGCCGACCAUAUCGGAGGCUUGCUUGUGUGUGACACCGCCGCCGAGAUGCGAGCCGGCCUGGUGCGCGUGCAGUGCAGGAGGGGCUACUGCCUAUUGCGCUUGGCCUGGCCCCACUUGUACCUCGCGAUUGCCCAAGUCUCUCUCGUAUGCGGCUCCGUUAGACCGCACUUGUUGCUCAGCUGCACAUUACCCUGAGUGUUGCCGCCGCGCUGCACUGCUAAGACCUUCGCGAAGUGUUCCAGAAGGACUAGCGCGUCGCGGCAGUACCUUCAGCCGCUCAGCUUCCUGCAAGGCCCCGUGUCAUCGCCGCGAACAUCACCUCAUAGAACAAAUUACGACAUCUGUCUAAUAAGAAAAUCCCCAAAAAGACUAUUGAGUGAUGAUACUUGUUAACGGUUGUAAACUCUAUCAGUGAAUUUGGUAAUAGGUACAAUUGUGUAAAAUAUAUGUAAAUAUCUUUGUCCUUAGCAGUUAUGUCAAUGUGAUAGAUCAAUUGGUGAAGCAAUAACUAACCGACGAAUGAUAUUGCAUUUUUUCAUAGCAUCCGACGAGAAAGUUGUACUUUUGUUUUUAUGAAAAUUAUUAGGUCGUUUAUUUACCCAAACGCUUUUUGUUAAAUUUAAAUUAAGUACUUAACUAAAAUAUUGUGUAGUACCUACCUACCUACUUCUUUGGACGAUUAUAAUUUCAGACUGUAAUCCCUGUAGUAAUUAAUAAUAAUUAUGUAGGUACACUAAAAUGAAUGAUAUUUAAAAUAGCAUUUUGUACUACUAUUAGACCAUUUUUCCUAUUCUUCAAAUAAAUGUGGGACCUCCGAAAGUGUAUUUAAAUUUAAAAAAAUCUUAUUAAAAUACUGCAUCUUUUGUGUACCUAAUAUCCUGUUCAACUUUAAAAUUAUAAGAAAAAAAUUCUUUGAUUAACAUCUUUCUAAAUAAGAUUACUUAGUUAAGAGGAAAUAAAUCGAACUUUAAAAAAAUAUAUAACAUGGUUACUUAAAGUCAAAGUGAAAUCAAUAGAACUAAUGUUGAAGUCAAUUUUAGUAAGUUAUGUAUUACCUACAUAUUAAAAAUAUUGUUUUGAUGUUUUAUUAUUGUUAAAAAUAUAUUUUAUGUAAGUAAUUAGAUAUCGGGACGUUUUCUCGUUACAAAUGUUUGUUGUUUUUGUGCAGAAUGCCAGUUACUAUUUUAUUGAAGAAAGAAAUUAAAUGAGUAAGAUCA